AUGGUGGAAGAAGAGAAGGAGGAGGUGGUGGUGUUGGUGUUGGAAGCGACAACAACAAUGAUGGUAAUAGGGGCAAGAGUGAAGAAUGAGGAGGAGGAGGUGGCAAUGGUAACGGUAUUUGUCAUGGAAAAGAAAAGUGGCGGUGGCGGGGGUGGUGGAGGAGGAGUAGGUGGGGGUGGAAGUAGUGAUGGUUAUGGAGUAGAUCAAAGAAGAGGUAGGGGUUGGGGAGGAGGAAAUGGUGGAGGGGAUAACCAAAGAGGACAUUGUUGGCUAUGUGGAUAUGGUGGUCAUCCAAGAAGAUAA